CUCCAUACAAGAUUACUAGUACAUUAUAAAGCAAAUUUUCCCCUCUACGAAAGUUAUAAACCUCAUAAUCUCACAAAAUGGCACCAAAUUGUGCUAUGCUAGAAAUCGGUCUAAUCCUAGUCCUCGUGACAACAUUUUCUCAUGGAGCCACUGCUCAAUCUGGUUGCACCAGUGUGCUGAUAAGCCUAUCCCCAUGCCUAAACUACGUCACUGGGAGUUCCUCCACGCCAACAUCUUCAUGCUGCUCACAGCUGGCGAGCGUGGUUCAAUCGCAGCCACGAUGUCUUUGCUCGGUGCUCAAUGGCGGCGCCAUGUCAUCACUUGGCAUCACUCUUAACCAAACUCUUGCCACAUCACUCCCCGGUGCUUGUAGCGUUCAGACGCCACCAAUUAGCCGUUGCAAUAAUGCUGCUAAUGGACCAGCAUCUUCAACUAGUGCUCCAGCAGAUACUAAACUCUGACUACAUCAACACUACUGGGGACAAAUCAUAUAAAGAAAAUCAUACCAUAUAUGCACUUCUCUUGUUGCUGUUCUU